UUUUGAUGGCCGGGAAAAAAAGAAGAGCAAAAUCGAAAAAAUAGCCAAAGAGGAAAGAGAAAGAGAAAUCGCAGAGACACCUGCGUUUUUCGUCGAUCUCCGUCAACCAAGCGGUUGGAGAGAAGGGAAGACGUCCAAUUUCUUUUGUUUCAGAUAGGCGGGACAGUGCACGUGAAUCUUUCGCUCGUCAAUGGCGGAACCAGCCGAGACUUCUUCGAGCUCUGAUCAUACUGCUGCUCAUAAUUUGACUCACGAAAACCUCAAGCAAUAUCCGGAACCCAAGUUCUCUGGUUUCCCGGCCUAUCCAAAUGCUCACCUUCAGAUGUUCCCAGUCUUGUUCCCUACAAUAGUUCCAGAGGUUACUUCUCUGCCGAACCAGCAACAGAUUAAUGGCGGGGCUGGAAUUUAUGCAGUCCCGGUGUCACCAUUCAAUGGACCGAUUGCAGGACUCCCCACGAAUACCCUUAUUCCUCUUACCUUCUCUAUACCAACCACACCGCCUCCUGAAGCAGGUUCUGCAGGUGAUCAUGGAGAACAACCCCAACAUCAACAGCAGGCCCCUGCACCUCAUAGACAAGUUGCAGUAAGGAGAUUUCAGAUUGCAUUUCAGCUGGACUUGUUCUUAAUCCUUAAGCUAGCUGCUGUGAUAUUCUUGUUCAACCAAGAUGGAUCGAGACAAAGGCUCGUUGUCCUUGUGCUUUUCGCCUCACUUGUUUAUUUAUAUCAAACAGGAGCUCUGACGCCACUGGUGAGAUGGCUAUCACAAAGUAUGCAGAGAGCAGCAGCACCCCCUCGACCACCUCGGGCUGCUGCCAGGGCUGAAAAUGAUCCUGCUGUUAGGCAGAACGAGAAUGCACCUUUAGCAGGAGGAGGUGGUGAGGAGGAAAAUCGGGCUGGAGUAGAUGGUAACCAGGGGGCUGAGAACGAGAAUGUGGAGGGUGGUGGUGGUGAUGGUCAUGGAGGCAAUCGCUGGUGGGGCAUUGUGAAGGAAGUUCAGAUGAUUGUGUUUGGCUUCAUCACUUCUCUUCUCCCUGGAUUUCAUAAUAUAGAUUGAAGGCCGGACCAAGCAAAGUUAUAGUCCCUAAGUGAGACAGUCUUUAACUUGGAGAAUAGAUUAUCUUCCCCCCCUCUUUCCUUUUCUUGUUUCUCUUUGGCCAAAAUAAUUUAGAUACUAGCUGCUGGCACUGUGGCGAACUUACUGUAUUUAGCCUUGUGUUGUUUUUCUGCAUUAGCUCUAAUGUAUGAUAGUAACUAGUCGAGGCAUUGUGUUUAACAAAACAAUGGUGGAGGCCUAUACAGAAAGAUAAAACUGCUCAGCGGUACUCGUGAAACAGAGAAAUGAAGAGCAAUGUAAAUUAUUAUUAUGAUUUCAGUCCUAUCGUGGAAUCGUCAUGAAGUUUUUGUCCACA